AUGGUCGCCCAGACUACUACGCUUAACCAGACUCCUAUGGUCACCCUGACUACUAUGAUCACACCUAUUACUUUGGUCGCCCAGACUAUUACGGCCAACCUGACAACUAUGGUCACCCUGACUACUAUGAUCACACGUACUACUAUGGUCGCCCAGACCCUUACGGUUAACCAGACUACUAUGGUCACCCUGACUACUAUGAUCACACUUACUAUUAUGGUCGCCCAGAACUCUACGGCCAACCUGUCUACUAUGGUCACCCUGACUACUAUGAACACCUUGACUCAUAUGGUCACCAUGACUACUAUGAUCACACGAACUACUUCUAUGGUCGCCGUGACCAUUACAGUCAACAUGACUUCUAUGAUUACCAUAACUUUUAUGAUCACCCUCAUCACUAUGAUCACUCGUAAUACUAUGGUCGCACUGAUCAUUACAGACACCCUGACUACUAUGCUCACCCUGACUACUAUGGUCGCCUUGACCUUUACGGUCAACCUAAAAACUAUUGUACCUUCUAACACUUUAGUCACCCUCACUGCUAAGGUCACCCUGACUACUAUGGUCACACAGACUCCUAUAGUCACCCUGACUUCAAUGAUCAGACCUAUUACUAUGGUCACCUUGACUCCCAUGGUCACCUUGACUUCUUUGGUCACCCUGAAUAGUAUUGUUACCCUGACCCCUAUGGCCACCCUGACCCCUAUGUUCACUCUGACUCCUUUGGUCACACUUACACCUAUGGCCAACCGGAAUCGUAUGGUCAAACUGACUCCUAUGGUCACCCGGACUCCUAUGGUUGCAUGCUUGGCCGUGCAGUUGCUGAACGUCCAUGGUCUCAAUGUCUUUGACCUGGGCUCUUCAUCAUCUUCAUCAUCACCAUCAUCCUCAUCAUCGGAAGGCCAUGGCGAUACUAAUGGCGGCGGGACGGGCGAUAAUGGCGGUGAUGGUGGUGCUGGUGGUGCUGAUGGUGCUGGAGGUGUUGACGGUGGGAACGGCGGCAGUGGCGGACAGCAUUCUGGCCCUGCUCAUGUCGGCGGCGACUGUUCCGGGUGCGGAAGCUGCUUCGACCCGCAUGCUAUCUGUAAGGAGUUCGGCUGUUUCAACAUCUGUAUGUGUGAGCCGGGUUACGCGUUUGUCAAGAACGGAGCAUUUCAAUGUGGACAGUGUCUUCCAGGUGAGUAA